CUGGUCUUUUUGCAAACUUAUGAUUACUUCUUCUUCACAAUCGUCCAAUCAACCUGGUAAUCUCUUCUCCCUUACAAUCAACAUAAAUUCUUUCCUCUUUUUAUAGCUACAGAUUUUGAUUUCAUUAUCCCUCCAACACUUGUUCAAAAGAUUCGUUGCGUUGAAGCCAAUAGAUUGCUUGUUGAGGUUCAUUAGCCUACACGAUUCAUCCAUUGAUGUUCGCUUUAUUUCUAAACCCAGUCUUUUGAAUCUUCUUGUUCCUCAAUGAAUGCGUGAUUCUUUUCAGCUGAUUUCUUGUUUUAUCGUUUCAACCAAACAAAGGAUCGACUUCUUCUCGUGGGUUCUUCAGCUGCUUUUCGUUGUUUUAAUUUAUUUAUUUUCUCACUCACUGUGUGUUCACGUUAUUAGCCUUGUAGGAUCGCCGAAUCUGAUAUCCAUCUGACAACCCUAAUCAAAGAUGGAAACCAAGCUGCAUUCUGAUGCUCAUGAAGAUACAGAACAUUAUCCAAAUGAGGGUUCAAAUGUCAAGAUAGAUGAAAAUGGCAGGCGUCCAGGGGCUAUAUCGUAUAUUUACAGACAAGAUGUUGUACGAAGCAAAUCUGAGGGGAAGACUGGGAUAGUGACUGAAGUUGCGGGUGAUUCUGACUCGGAUAGCAGCAGUGACGACGAAGAUGAGGAGAAUGAAGACACUGAACUGACUAGUGUCAAUGAGGAUGGUACCAAAGAUUUUCAUGGAAAUGUCACUGAGAAUACCGAUAAUGAUGAUGAUGAGAGCAGUCCACUUCCAGCUGACCAUGUUAGAGUACUUUGGAUGGAUGAAUCUGAGACGACCCAAAGUCUUAAUGAUGUGACAGUUAUUGACCGAGGUUUUUUGCAUGGAGAUUAUGUUGCUUCUGCUUCUGAUGCAACUGGACAAGUGGGUGUUGUGGUUGAUGUCAACAUAUAUGUUGAUCUAUCAACUAUUGAUGGAUCUGUCGUAAAUAACAUCUCAUCAAAAGACUUGAGGCGGGUGAGGGAUUUUCAAGUUGGUGAUUAUGUAGUCCUUGGCCCAUGGCUGGGUAGAAUUGAUGAUGUACUUGAUAAUGUGACAGUCAUGUUUGAUGAUGGUUCUGUUUGUAGAGUAAUGAAAGCCGACCCACUGCGUCUAAAACCCGUUGGGAAGAAUCCCCUUGAAGAUGCACAUUAUCCAUAUUAUCCUGGUCAGAGAGUAAAGGCAAGCUCUUCAUCUGUUUUUAAGAAUUCUAGAUGGCUAUCUGGGUUGUGGAAGGCUUCACGAUUGGAAGGAACCGUAACAAAUGUUACGGCUGGGUCAGCAUUUGUAUAUUGGAUAGCAUCUGCAGGUUAUGGGCCAGACUCUUCAAUAACACCGUCUGAGGAGCAGAAUCCAAAAAACUUAAAGUUGUUGGCUUGUUUUGCACAUGCAAAUUGGCAACUCGGUGAUUGGUGUCUUCUUCCAUCACCCAAGCCCUCGUCUAUGAUUCCUCAUGGCAAGACUUCAUCGGAGUUGGAACUUCAGGACUCCAUAAAAGCUGGCUUACGUACUCAAGAGAAGUCUGAGAGUGAUUCAGAAGUGGUUCCUGGGGAGGAAUCCACCAGGAAAUCUGACCCCAUGGAUGUUUAUCCAAAUAUUGCACCUGCUGUAGACAUUGGAAAAAAUGAUCACAAUCCAUCUAUUGAAUCUAGUUCAUGCACUAGCUCAUUGCCUGCUUUGAAAGGUCCAGCCCAUGAAAAUUGGCCUCUACAUCGUAAAAAGGUCCGUAAAGUUUUGGUUAAGAGAGAUAAAAGGUCUCGGAGAAAAGAGGAACAUUUUGAAAAAGCCCUUCAAAUUAUUAAUACAAAAACAAGAGUUGAUGUAGCUUGGCAGGAUGGAACGAUAGGACGUGGAUUGGAUUCAAUCUCUUUGAUACCAAUUGAAAACCCUGGAGAUCAUGAAUUUGUCUCCGAACAGUAUGUGGUAGAAAAGCCCACUGAUGGUAAUGAUGACACUAGUGAUAUUAGUCGUGUGGGAGUUGUGAAAAGUGUAAAUGCAAAAGAGAGGACAGCUUGUGUGAGGUGGUUAAAGUCAGUUGCCAAAGCGGAAGAUCCUAAGGAAUUCGAUAAGGAGGAAGUUGUCAGUGUUUAUGAGCUUGAAGGGCACCAGGACUAUGAUUAUUGUUACGGGGAUGUUGUUGUUCGGUUACCAUCCACUUCUGUAGCGCCUCAGACAGCUGCUGAUGCUAGCAAUACUGAGAAUGUGGCAGAGUUGACUGAUGGGAACAAGGUUAAAGAAGAUUCAACAAAGCAUGCAGGGUGUGGGAAAUCAGGAGAUGCAUCCAGUGUUGAAGCUUGCACGAACUUUUCAGACCUCUCUUGGGUUGGAAAUAUUACAGGACUCAGAAAUGGUGAUAUUGAAGUUGCUUGGGCUGAUGGGAUGAUAUCAAUGGUUGGUCCACAAGCAAUAUAUGUUGUUGGUCGUGAUGAUGACGAUGAGUCAGUUGCUGGUGGAAGUGAAGUAAGUGAUGAUGCAGCUAGCUGGGAAACAGUGGAGGAUACUGAAAUGGAGAACCUUCACAAGGCACUAGAGGAUCUUCGGAUACAAAAUGGGUCUGACAUCAGUCUUGAUGCAGCGGAGCAUACAGUUGAAAAUAUCCAAACAAAUGGUGCACUUUCUAUACCCCUGGCCGCCCUGGGAUUUAUGACAAGACUGGCCAGUGGAAUUUUUUCUAGGGGUCAAAGAAAUACAGAUAAUUCAAGCAUAAAUUCUGGAGGUGACAAUGAAGUAUUGCCAAGGUCGGAUAGUUGGUCAGAGAACAAAGAUUCUAUUGAUGUGUCUAGCUCCCGCAAAUCCAGCUGCACUGAUACUCUUGAAAGACCAGCUUCUGAUAGAGGAGAGCAGCAUGCUGUUGAGGUACCAAGCUUAUUAGAUGCACCAGAAGAACUUUGCAAUGUGAAUUCUGGUAAAGUAGAUGACUCCCCAAGAUUCAAAGUUGGCAAUUCCAGCUUUAAAGGAUUUGACAUUGUUAAAGAUCCUCUUGACCAUUAUUUUCUUGGUGGCGACAGACAGGACAUUUCUUUCCGGACUCCACUUGACGUAUUGUUGAAUUUGUAUACGCCCUUCAGGUGUAGUUCCUUAGGAUCAUGCAUGAACGGACCAACCGCACUCACAACAACCAGUCUUGUACAUGCUAAGUAGAUUAGUUUCUAACUAGUCUUUGAUAGGUUCCUUUGUCUAUGCUGAAUCUUCUAGUGCAUCGAACAACCUGUAAUUGAACUCAAUCAGUGUGGCUAUAGGUUUACAUCCUAGCUUUUUUUUUUUUCCUUUAAUAAAUCCAAUGCAUACUUUUAUCUUCAAAUAGAGAUCUCCUUCCUUGAAUGUGCAACUUCAAUACCUGGAAACCUGCACACCAUCCUUAUUUCACAUUCAAAGCCAGGUGGGACUUUUAUGUGUAUAUACUCUUCUAAUUCCUCAUGAAGGAAGCCAUUUUUAACAUCAAGUGCUGUAAGAUCCAAUUCAAGGAAAACAGUUUUUGAUAAGUUUAAAUGCUUUAAGAUAAUCAAUGGCACAAGUUUGGGUGUAUUAUUUGGCAACUAGACUUGCCUUGUACCUUUCAGCAGAUACUCAAACUUGUACUUCACUGUAAACACCCAGCAUACCCAACUAGAUUUUUCUCUAUUGGCAAUUUCAACAAAUCACAAGUUCUGUUCUUCUCCAACGCCUCCAUCAUAUCAUUGCAUUUCUCCAUUCAAUAGGUUUUAUAAUUCUUGGACAGGUUUGCAUGGCAUGAACCAGGUAUAAUGGCUGUUGACUGCAGGUUCUAGUUCCUUUCCUAAGAGCAAAUAGGCCUAGGUCAUUUUGUGUACAGGUUCGACUUCCACCUGUGGAUUGAGAUCAGAUGAUGGUGUAAUGGCUAUUGUUGAUUCCACAACUGGUUGGGGAGUUUAUAUGGCAGCUCGUUCAGUGGACUGAACAUCCAUAGGUUGAGAGAUUGACCUGUUGCUUCUAGACUAUACCCGUAGUUGUUGAGACUUAUUUUGAGCUUUCUGAGGUCCUAAGAUUAGUGAUUCAUUGGGUUAGAUGGAUCAUCACUUGUGGCCCAGGUGUAGGUUUAAUAGAGAUAUGGACGAGGAGCCCCCUGUUCUAUCUCAGUCGCAUUCUCCCUUGGAGAUAGGAUUGAGUAAAUAAGGACCCAUUUAUCAGAUGUAACAUUGCUAUGUCUUGAGGACGGAAGCAUUUGUAUCCCUUGUAUGUGGAUGAAUAGCCAACAAAGACACACGGGAGGGCAUAUGGAUCAGGUUUCCGUUUCGUAUUGAGAGAUAUAGGCGAUGCUUCUGAAAACUCAUGGGAUGAGAUCGUUUGAAUGACCAAGGCUUGGAUAAAAUUGAUUAAGAUGAUGUCUUGAAAUCAAACCUCAGUUGGAAGCCUGUUACAUAGAUAGGUAGAUACUAGGAUGGAUUUGCCCCAAUAACUUUUACGAACAUUUUAAUGGAAGAGUAAUACUCGGGUGAUGUUCAAAAGAUGACCAUUCUUUUGUUUUGCAACUCCUUUUCUUUGAGGGGUAUUGUGACAUACGAGGAUUCAUGGAUUUAUUUCUUUUUUCAUGAAAUAAAUUGGAGUGCCUUUGCUUGAAAUACCCCUUAGCAUUACCAGAACGAAAUUUGUUUCCAUAAAGUGUUUUAGGGUUACCACAUCGUUCACACAGUGCAUCUGAAUGCACUGAUAAAUUGAUAAUGAUCCAGCUGCUAGGUUUGACUAUUCUGUUAGAGAUUGCACUCCUUUGCUCGGUUGUGGAAAUCUGUUUUUUGGUAGAUCAAGCAGCAUCAUUGACCUUAGGAUCCUCUUUGACUGGUCCUGUCCAUGGCAAAUGGCUCAAUUUUCCUUUUCCCUUCAGAAACGUGUGAACUAGUUAAGAUCACUUUCUGUAGUUCUUUCCAUUCAGGCGAAGCCUGGAUGUUGGAUAAUCCAGUCGAAGUAGCAGCAACAUUUUCACAGGAAGGAGUAAUAGGUUGAUUUCAAACAUGAUUUAUGGGAUGUACUAGUUCUAGAGUAGAAAGUGAUGAACAGUGACAGUAAUUUGUCUGGAAGGACGAUAAAUGUGCAGGGAAAGAAAUAAGUUUUUUUUUUGAAGUAUAUAAUAUUUAUAUACGGUAAAUGCAACAAAUAA